AUGUUCGCCGAGAUCUGGAAUUACCUCUGUUGGUUCCUCAUAACCAUAUUCACUGACGCAGGCCUCACAGAAGGCUACCUGAAUGGUAGUCUUGGGGCUGUCACCCUCAUCCUUGGAAUGAUGAGCGCCAGAUCUGUAUUCGAUGUCGAUACGAGACUUUACAUGGACAUAACACUGAACGUGGGUAUGGUCAUUGGUAUGGCUUUGAGCGGUCGGUACACAGAUCGCAUAUCAAGCAAGUGGAUGAUCUUCUUCGGAAUUAGCACAACGGUCUUCUGGUCCAUCCUUUGCGCCUUAAUCUCUCUAGCUUCCGUUAAGAAUGAUGCACAGCUGCUCACUCUCAAGAUCCUCUUCGCGGUUUCUCGUUCUGGCUUUGGAUUUGGUCUAGGCGUAGAGUUCGUUGGCACGUUCGUGAUGAACUCUGACAAGGCCUUCCAUCACAUACAAGGACGCGAAUGGCGCGCUCUUUUCUAUUCGGAAACUCUGCAGUACCACUUGGGCUACUUGCUCUCAAAUCUUGUUCCAUUCGUCUUGUUUCUCAUCUAUGGCGAGGGACAUCUCCAGGGGGUACUGACAGCCUGUCUCACCAUUGGUGCCAUUCUACCAUUGCAUACAUGGUCUUGUCACAUUGUUUACUGCUGUACCAAGGCCAAUGAGACUGGCGCACAAAGACGUAUGCGCAUUGCAAGAACACGAAUCCCUCCAGCUCUUUUCAACGAGUUCUAUCAGUCAACACUGAUUACUAUCGCAAUGGCAUGGGCCUUCCAUGAGAUGUCUGCGACAGGCCUCGGCCUUUACGUCCCUACCGAGGUCCUGAUCCUCAAUGGCAAUCAGCGCCCGAACCUGUGGCGCAUGUUUGGCUGGACCUCCCUCAUCUGUGCCUUCAAUGUGCUGGGCAGUAUUCUCGGCAUGUACUUUACCGCCAAGCGGCUCUGGGGUCCUAAGAAGACGUUGAUAAUCGGCACCGCAAUCCAGGGUGUGUUCGGGGUGUUGAUCGUGGCUACGGUUGGGACCCUGCUCGUCUCCCCUCUGUCGCCGGUACUCAUGGUCUUCUUUGCCUUCUUCCAUCUCGCUCAGGAGUUCGGUGCGGGAUCAAACAUGGCUCUCCUAGCUGUCGGGACCUGCGCUCCGUCUGUUAGGGGUCGUUAUCUUGGCUACGCAGCAGCAGCUUCUAAGCUCGGCGCGAUUGCUGGAGACAUCCUGAUACUUCUUACGAUCAACUACAUUGAGGCAAAGGACGAGGGAGAUAGCGGGGCCACGUACGAAGAGGCGUUGACCUAUCCUUUCGGGAUCGCGACCCUUCUCCUGGUUUUGGCCACUAUCCUCGCAGUUACGGGCCUUCCAAAGGUCGAGGUAGAUUUCAACCUGGUCAAUAUGCAAGCCCUCAACAGGUUUCUCCAGAACUGGGGGUACCGUACCACGGACCUCGACAGAUUUGAGCUGCCUCCCCCCUCGCCCACUACCAGUGGAUCCGCCAACCGUCCUGCUCGCGCUGUUCCUAGCGCAUCCAACCGCGGGGCGGCCUCUGCUAGCGCCAGUGGUCGUGGUGGCUUCAACAGCCCUCCACGUAUGCCUGCCGCUGUGCCCAGGCGCCGCGUUGAUCGCAACAGCGAGACGGCUGCAGGACCAGCUCAACCGGCCCCAUGGGGUUAGGUCAAUAGGGGGUGAUAAGAUCAUAACAAGCAAGCCGUAGGGCAAUAGGGAGUUGAAUUAAGGCAUGAGAAGCGAU